AUGGCAUUAUCCAAUUCCUUCUUCUUCCUCGAAGCUCUCUCUCUUUUUUUCCACAAAAUUUUCUCCAAAAAGCUCCGACUUUCCACUUCCGCCGUUCACCGGAAGUACCAAAACCACCAAUCUCCGGCGAAACUCCCCGUCUCCGGCGACGACAAAGUUCUAAUCUUUAACGUGGAGGAGGCUCUACUAAAACCCACAUCGCCAUUUUUCUUCUCUUAUUUCAUGUUGGUGGCUUUUGAAGCUGGUGGGUUACUCCGAGCGACAGUUCUUUUGAUGUCGUACCCAUUAGUCCGACUUGUCGGCCAGGAAAUGGGGUUGAAGAUUAUGGUGAUGAUAUCAUUUUUUGGGGUUAAAAAAGAGAGCUUUAGAAUUGGGUCUUCAGUUUUGCCUAAAUUCUUCCUAAACGACGUCGGAUUGGAGGCCUUUGAGGCAUUGAAAAAAGGAGGGACAAGAAUUGGGUUCACUAAUGUUUUCCCACAAGUCAUGAUUGAGAGCUUUUUGAGAGAUUAUUUGGAGAUUGAAUUGGUAGUUGGAAGAGAUUUGAAGGUUUUUUGUGGUUAUUUUGUGGGUUUGAUGGAUGAAAAAGUGGAGCUUUGUUCAUUAUCUCAUUUGAUUGAUGAACAAAAAGAGAGCUAUGGGUCUCAAAAGAAGAGCAAUUUGAUUGGGAUUUGUGGGUCUCAAAAGAGCUAUGAUUUUCAGCUUCUCUCCUCCAUUUGCAAUGAAAUCUACGUGGUAAGUGAAGUCGAGAAGAAAAGAUGGAAGAGACUCCCUAGAGACAAAUUUCCGAAGCCAUUGGUGUUCCAUGAUGGAAGGCUUGCUCUAAACCCGACUCCGUUGAACACUCUUGCCCUAUUCAUGUGGCUCCCUUUUGCCUUGAUUCUUGUUCUCGUUAGAAUCUUUGUUUCUGUCCUUUUGCCUAAUAAUCUACGCAUACCCAUUAAUGCCUUUAGUGGAAUGCGCCUCACUGUUUCAAUCCCGACCGACAAAACCAAGUCCGACGACAAUCACGAUCGUAAUAGCCAAGGUCUUCUCUACGUUUGCAACCAUAGAACACUCUUGGACCCUCUCUAUAUCUCAGCUGCAUUAGAAAUCAACAAUCCUUUAGCUGUCACCUAUAGUUUAAGUCCGAUUUCAGAAUUCUUCUCACCGAUUCGAACGGUUAGACUAACUCGAAAUCGCAGUCAGGAUGCAACCCUGAUGGCGAAAUCGUUAUCGGAUGGGAACUUGAUUGUUUGUCCUGAAGGAACCACUUGUAGGGAACCGUAUCUUCUUAGAUUUAGCCCUUUGUUCUCGGAGGUCGGUGCGAAAAUAGUCCCGGUGGCAAAUGACACACAUGUUUCUAUGUUUUAUGGCACAACAGCAAGUGGGUUCAAGUGCUUUGACCCUAUAUUCUUCUUGAUGAACCCUUCACCAUCUUACACUAUAAAGAAGCUGGACGUGGUUGAUGGAUUGUUUGCAUCGGACGGUGAUAAUAAAGCCACAAGGUUUGAUGUCGCCAAUUGUGUGCAAAGGGAGAUUGGUAAGGCUCUGGAAUUUGAGUGCACAAAACUUACAAGAAGAGAUAAGUACUUGAUUCUGGCUGGCAAUGAAGGGAUUGUACAUUAA